AUGGCCAAGAAGAAGAGAGUGAGCAAGAAGUCGGCUGCCAUGGAGGAGCGGGUGGCUCAGUUACAGUCCAAUCCUGUCUUCCACGAGAUGCCAAAGACCGAAAAGAAGGUUAAACUGGAUCCGCGGUUCAGUAAGAUGUUUACGGAUGAAAGAUUUGCUUCAACUAGUGCUAAAAUCGACAGAAGAGGGCGAAAAGUAGAGGAGAAGCUACAAGAAGAGCUGAAAAAUGUCUACGAUGUGGAACAGUCUUCUGAGUGAGUUCUCAAUAAAUUACAUUAUUAUUUUAUACAAAAGUAAGUUAUCAAAAUGAAAGUUUAUGGUUCCAGUGAGGAGCCAGAAAAAACUGCUGCACCUCAGCCACGCAUCGACUUGGCCAGAGGCGAAGGAAUGGUAGAGUCGUCUUCAGAUGACGAUGAGUCUUCUGAAGAGGAGGAAGAAGAAGUAGAGGACGUAUGGGGUGAAUUGGAUUCAGGAGUCCGUCAAGUUGAGUGGACUAGCAACCGGCUGUCAGUAUGUAACCUGGACUGGGACAAGAUCAAAGCCGAGGAUAUAUUCAUGGCUUUGGAGUCGUUCAAGCCGGCUACUGGCGUCAUUCAGUCUGUCGCGAUAUAUCUGUCUGACUUUGGAUCUGAGAGAUUAAAGGAGGAAGAUAAGUCUGGACCGCAGUUAAAGGUCAAGAAAGACGAGGAUGUUGAUCAAGAUAACCUGUAAGUCUGUCAUGUAUGCUUAGUGUUACAAAAGGUUUGUAACAGCUGAAUGUUGUUGUAAGCUUUAAACAAAGUACAAUUCUUUAUUACAGGCCAUCCGAAGUCAUCAGGGCUUACCAGUUGGACAGAUUUAAGUACUACUACGCUGUUGUUGUGUGUGAUAAUGACGCAACGGCCAAUACAAUAUAUGAAAGUUGUGAUGGAAUUGAAUUUGAAAGUAGUGGAGUCAAGUUCGAUUUGCGUUUCAUACCAGAGGACAUGGAAUUUGAUGUGAGUUUUGUUUAUGGUAUUUGCAGGGACGUCGUUUGGGGGAGGGGGGGGUACCCCCUCCCCGAAUUCCACAGUUAGUUUACCUGUACGCAAAAAAAACGAAAAAAAAAUUUUUUGGAAAAUCGCUCCACAUUAUAAGUAGCUUACCUGUAGACGAAAAAAAUUUUUUCGGCCUCCUUCUCCCCGAGAGAAAAUCUGUAGCGACGUCCCUGGGUAUUUGAAAAGUGAUUUUAAAUUGUAAAGCUUUUUGAAUUAAAUUUAAUGAGUUUGUUUUUUCAGGAUGACAGGAUACGAGAACAGAUAACUUCAGAGGAAUUUAAUGCGAAGAAAUAUAAGCCUAAAUAUAAUGUUCAGUCGGCUGCCGUUAAGCGUUCUAACGUCAAAAUGGAGUGGGACAAUAACGACUAUGAUAGACAAGUUAUGAUACAAAAGGCAUUCGAUCCAGAUGUAGAUCUCGACGAGUGUUCGUAGGUUUGCUUAUGGUUUAUUGUCUUAAUUGCACUUAUUUAUACCCUUGAAUUAUUUUAAAGACUUCAUUUUUAGAGCUCUGAUUGCUUCCGGUUCAGAUGACGAUGAAGAUCCAGAAUUCCAGUUGGGAACACAAGCUCUAUUAAGUGCUGCUGGCAUUCAAAGGAAACCACAAGAGAAUAAGACUAAUUCUAAAACAAAGCAAGAAACACAAGAGAACAGUGAAGAUGAACAAGAAGAAAAGCUAGUGGAUAAGAAGGAUAACAAAGACAAGGGAUUAACACCGUUCCAAGAGUAUCUACAACGAAGAAAACAGAAGCGGAAAGAACGGAAGACGUUGAUCAAGGAGAAGAAACAGUCCCAGAAGCGUGAAUUACAAUCAGAAGCCGAACCAAAGGCUUCAGAAUCCAAGAAGAAGAAGAUGAAGCUCUCUGAGACGGCGUCGAAGCUGGGCGUGAACACUGAUGACUCAAGAUUCACGGCUCUGUUUACAAACAGCGACUUUGCUAUCGACAAAACACACUCCCAAUUCAAGGGGGGUGUUUUGGCUGAUAAGCAAGUAGAGGAGAAGAAAAAAAGAAAAACCAGAAAGUAA